AUACCUAUAUGAAUAGAUACGCAGGUAUGUCUGUAGCAGUUGGACGAAUGUAGCCGAAAGGAGAGGACAUAAUGUUACGAUUCUAUAUUUUAUGCGUUUGUAUUGGAGUCGGACUUGGCUUCCAGUGCUAUACCUGUUCCUACGAUCAUAAUACCCCUGGGCCAAUUGACUGUUUGACCAGCCCGGAAGACCUUCCCGACAAUCUGCACAUAAAAUGCGGAAACUUUUGCGUAACGCAAGAGGUCUUCAGUAUACAGGACAAGAUCAUUUUAUCAUUUUUUCGAACGUGCAGCGUUGAUUGGGGCAAUGUCUGUACGGAGGAUGCGUGGUUCGUGACGUGCAAAACAACGUGCAUUGGCGACUUCUGCAAUGAGGGACUAACAAUGGACCCUGACACACACGAGAGGCCUGAUGUCAAGGACAACUACGGAAACUGGUACGAAAACAGUGCGACGCAGCUUCACAACGUCAUGGAGACGAUGUUAGCAAUACUUUUAAUCAUUGCAUGUGUGACAUAAUAUCAGAAUACAACCAAAGGGUCGGUGGACGGUGAACUAGAUUUUGUAUUAAUAAUGUACAUAAGGGACAAGCCAUUUCAUAUUCAGGCGAGAGGCUAUGAUAAUUUGCUUCAGUUAGCGCUUCAAGGCAUACCAUUCUAUUCUCCGACACGAAGAUCCAAAAUAUCUUUUUCAGCAUUUUUUUUCAAAUAGAUUUCUUUUAAAAAAACAAAACAACCAGACCUCCAAUUGAAUAUGAAAUGGUCGCCCCCUAAAUAGUAGAGAAAACAAGGUUGCACAAGAAACACACAAAAGAAACAAACUCUGAUGAAUGUUGUUAAGUACUAUAGAAAAUAAAAUAUUUUGAUUUCG